UAUUUUCUUGGGGAAGCCAGGUUUGUUGCCUUCUAAUGAAGAUGGUGGCGAGGGUUCCUGUGCAGCCAUUAUUCCCGAGCGCGCAUGUGACCAGGCUCCGGAGAAGAGACACGGAUCUUUCGACACAUUUCACUGAAAAGGACUAUGGCCGAGGACAAUACCCAGUUUUGCAGUAAUUGCAAGCAUGAUAUUCCAGAAUCCAACUUUACAACACAUGAGAUCCAUUGUCGGCGGAAUAUUGCUCUUUGUGAGGUGUGCCAGGAGCCUUUUCCCCACGCUGAGCUUGUGCAGCACAAAGAGAUGGACCAUGCAGAGGAACAGUGCAAAUGUGGAUUAAAGAUAGAGAAAAGAUUCAUGGCGGGCCACCAGAGGUCAGAGUGCAGUCAUCGACUGGUCCCGUGUCAGUUCUGUGAUUUGGAGGUGGCCUCCUUUCAGGCUAAAGAGCACGAGGAUUACUGUGGGACCCGCACCGAGCCCUGCCCCAUCUGCAAGUGUAACGUUAUGCUGAGAGAACAACACAUCCACCCAGCCCUGUGCGGAAGUCUGACACCACCUCAGGAGAGGCACAGUAGUAGGGCAGUGCCCCAGUCUCCUGGAGCAUGGUUUGAGGCGCAUUCAAUCCAUAACCUAAUACACAAUAAUAACAGCACGGGGGCAGCAGAACGCAGGGGUCCACCACGAGCCUUGGAGGACAGACUACACAACAGCACCAGUGGAACAGUGAGGGGAGGAACCAGGAGAAACGCGGAAACAAGGAACAACGAUUUUGCUUAUUUGUUGGAUCAGGAAACAGAGCUGGGGAACAACAACAACAACCUUCUGUGGUCUCUGGGACAACUGCCAGACUAUGAGUCCUCCAGUCUGGACUACAUGCUGGCCCUCAGCCUGCAGAGUGAAGGUGACUUGGAGGACCCCCGUCAGGAGGGCGUGUGGACUGAUGUGUGGGACCGUCAUCUGGGAAGGACACCAGCCCAUAGCAAUCUCACUUCCCAGCUCUCCUCCAACACUAAAAACAACUGCACUGAAGCCCCCCCUAAAAUCAAUUCAACUGUGGUCCACAGCUCCCGCUCAAACAUCAUGCUACCUUGUGAGUUCUGUGAAGAGCUCUUUCCAGAGGAAGACCUUAUCUUACACCAGACCGGCUGCAGCCCAGCCUCUGCUAUUGCUUCCUUCAGUAAACAAGCUCCUUCUCUCCAGUAUGAAGAAAUCAUCACUCAAGGGGCUAGUCAUGUCAUUACUCCCCGUACACCCAGUCCGCCCACCCUGCCCCUCUCCGUUUCGCCGCUGUCCUACAGUUCCUCCUCCAGCCCAGCUGAGGGCGACGUACUCAUUCCUUGUGAGUUUUGUGGCGUUGCCUUGGAAGAGGAUGUGCUCUUUCACCAUCAGGACAAGUGUGACCUCCGACCCCAGACAGCUUAUUCAAUCGACGGAUUGUCUCCACUGAAACUACACCACACCACCAAAGAGGCCCACGAGAGGCAGAGAAGGGUGAGACAUCAAGCUGACCCUGAUGAGGAGCUCCUGCAGCAGAUGGCUCACGGGUGGCAGAAAGGCACCUCAGGUUUGGUCCAGUGGCCGCCCUCAGCCUACAGCUGCACAAAGAUCACGAAUGCUGAGCAGCAGGUAAAGAGCAGGAGCCAAAGUCACAGAGCAGUAGAAGCCAACACGUACCUCAGUGAGAGCCUCAAGCCCCGUUCUACAAGCACUUCGGGACCUCCACAAAGAGGAAGACUGGAGGGCCGAAGGAGUGAUAAAAACACAGAGACACCGAAGGUGCCUAAAAAACAUAAUGUUGAAAAAGAGGAGUAGAAAAGGGGAAAGAGUCUCACCAGUUUUCUGAGUCUGUAAUUUAAAGCAGUGACCUGUUAUUACUGUCUAUAGUCUAUUAUGUUUACAUGUCCAGGUGAAUUGAUCAAUUCUUUGGCUUGUAUUUCUUUAAUUGGACUAGGUUUUUUUUCUUCAUUUUAUUUUUUCUAUGGUGUUUGUAUGCGAUUUUAAAUGUUGUUUUGAGCUUUGCUAUAUUUUCUUUGUUUCAAAGACGUUGGAAAAUGUUUUUAUUUUAUUUUACACACAUUACAGUAUAAAUAUAGAAACUCUCAUAACACUUUACUGUAUUGUUUUAUACAUAAGUUAAUGCACUAGUUAACAUAAACAUUAAGCAAUGCUGCAUUUAUUAAUCCUGGUUAAUAUUCGUUUUACAUAAACAUUUUAACAUUAACAGUUUUGUAUGUUAAUAUUAUUAGUUCAUAAUGCAUUGUGAACUAAUAAUGCACUAAUGACCAAUAUUAUGUUUAUGAAUUUUUAUUAACAAUGAUUAAUAAAUGCUGAAAAAUACUGAAUGCAUUCACUAAUGUUACAGAACUGUAUUGUGAAGUGCUGCAGAAAUAACACAUUUUUAUUUGAUCCUGAGUGUGACAGUUUUACAAUGUACA